UCUCAUCGUCUGUCUCCGGACAAGUGUUUAUUGACAUUUCGGAUUAACUUUUAGCGGUGCUUCGUCCAAACGUUUAUGGUGAAAACUGUGCGAGUAAUUGCACUGGUGUGUGGUACAUCUGAUCAAUAAACAUUUGUGAUUUGAUGGAGUAUGUAGUGCAACGCUGCGGAAAGCAAAAUCUGCCUUUUGUGAAGUGCAGAUAAUUAUAUAAUUGAUCAAUUCGCAAGAGUUGUUCGGUGCAUCGGAGAUGAACUACUUUAGAAAAAAUCUGUCCCGCUUUCGGUUAAUCACCUUCGACGUUACCGAUACCCUGCUGGAGUAUGCGACGCCACCUGAAGGCUACUAUGCACAGGUGAUCAACAGCGUACUGAAGCCGAACAUCGGGCUCUUAAUUGACGAGCAAGCCAUAGCGCACUCGUUUGGUAGCUGCUUCCGAGUGUUGAAAACACAACAUCCAAAUUUUGGGUGCAGCACAUCAACGCGACGUAUCGAUGAACGUGUCGAGAAUUGGCAGUGGUGGUGGCGAACGUUGGUCGAACGUGUAAUACUGGAUGCGGCCAAACGAAAGCCCGACGAGAUACCAUCCGCUUUGCUGUUGAAGAUCGCCGACCAGCUCAUAGAGGACUAUACGUGCGAUUCCGCUGGUGUUUGCUGGAAAAAGCGGCUCGGAGUUGAUGAUUUUCUGCAGCAGCUGCAGGCCAGCGGGCGAAGCAACGAAACACCUGUCCCAUACUCCCCACCGCUCCUCGGUAUCGUGUCCAAUUUCGAUCCUCGAUUGGAAACGAUCUUGCGCAGACAUCGGCUGCUCAAACCUAGCGGUGCAUGUGACGGGGAAGGCAUCGAUUUUGUGGUUUCCAGCUAUGAAAUCGGAACAGAAAAGCCGGAUCCCCGCAUUUUCCAUACAGCUCUCCGAAGGGCUAGUGCUCUUGCUGACGGCGUUAUUCAACCGCACGAAGCACUGCACAUAGGCAAUCUGUGCAGGGAAGAUUACCAUGGAGCACGGGGUGCCGGCUGGCACGCUCUGUUGGUUAAUGUGCCUAGCAAGUCGAGGGACAGCGAACAGUGUCGCAACGUACUGGGCCAUCACAUAUUUAAAGGGAUUCCAGAACUGCAAUCGUGCCUAUCGGUAGAUCCCAGCUUUCCUUGGUAAGCCCCAGGGAUCUGGCCCUAUCGGUAAAUCUGAGCGAAUCUCUUUCCGGAAAACAAUAUAUAUAUAUAUAUACAAAAGUCGUUAAUUAUGUGUAAACGUGGGGUAUACGUAGUGCUGCGGAAAAUCGGCCUUUAUACGCCCAAUAAUAUUGAUGCAAUAUAUUGAAAUUAAUUAAAUGUU